UUACAGAUUUACAGUUUUACCAACAACUUAAGGAAAAAAAAAAAGGCUAUAUUCACUUGUCGUGACGUUAGUCAUAUUAGAUUUGUCGAAAAAAAAAUAGAGAGACUGCUCUUUUUCUCUCUCUCUCGUUUUUCUACAUGUGUCCGAUCGUUAUUACAAAAAAAAAAUAAUAAACACACAUGCAUAAAAAAAUAAAACUUUAAGAAAAAAUAAAUAAUUUAUCGGGAGUGUUAGAUAUUGUGAUUAAUUAUUAAUUUCUUCCAAUAAUUAAAUGGCAGGUCCUUCAAGUUCACAGACACAAACAGAGACUGUUUUGCAAGAAGAUGUCGUCGAUUCAAAUCAGGAUGUUCAGACAAUUACAUUGUGUCUAAGAAAACCAAGAUCAAGUAAAAAAGUACAGUGGACAUCGAGCACAGUUGAUAAUGAAAAUAUGAAUAAAAAAAAAUCAAAAUGUUGUUGUAUUUAUGAGAAGCCAAAAGAAUUCGGUGAGAGUAGUUCUGACGAAAGUGAAGACGAAUGUGAACAUUGUCAUGGUCACAAAGAUGGUCACAUUAAAAUAAUUCCAGGUCAAACAAUAACACCAAGUGACAGUAUUACGCCUCGACCUGAACCAAUUCCAACAGGAUCAACAUGAAAUUAUUGCCAAUUUAAAAAUUUAAUUAUUUAAUUUUUAAAAAAUCAUUAGCUCAAUUCAAUUCGUUAUUGUAUGAAAUAAAAUAUUAAUAAUUAUUAUUAUUCCUGUUGAAAAAAAGGAUAAUCGUCGUAAAAAAUUAACUGGAAAAAAAAAAUAUACUUAAAUUGAAAAAAUGUAGUUUUUAGUUGAAAACAUUUUGUGAUUUUUCAUAAAUUAAUUAAUCUUGUAUUUUAUUUUUUCAUCUACUUACUACAAUUAUUUUUGACAAUUCGUUUUUUUUUUUUUUCUAUUUAUUAUUUAAAUUAUGUGCAUACUGGGUCAAUACUUUGUGCGCAUUUUUUUUUGAGUUUACAAUAUUUAUUUUGUGUGAACAAAUAACACAUUUAUAAUGGUAAAAUUUGAAACCUAUUUUCAAUUUAUUGUUAUACAUAAGUAUAUCACUAUUUUUUCUCGUUAAAUUUAAAAGUCACAAUUUAAUUUACUUGAGUUUUUAUAUAAGCUACUUAUGAUAGAUAUUAAAUGGAUUUUAAAUUCAAGUGCUUCCUGGCUUCCGGUUAAUCAAUAAAAUAGUCAUUUAAAUCGCAGAAAAGAUAUACUUAUGGAUAACAUUAAAAUUAUAUAUUCAAUUAUUUCAUAACAUUUUUCUUUUUAUUUAUUCAUUAUCAUCAUUUCAUAAUUUAUUAAUUAUUUAAAAAACAUG